GCCACCCGCUACCCGGUGCGCACCUGCCGCACCGCCCUCGUGGAUCCAGAUGGGGAAGGACCAGGGCUUCUCUCGGCACUUUAGGAUCUUCAUCCCCAAGAAGCAUCGGGCACGCUUCGACGAGGUGGUGUCUCAGGGUCUGCUGGGCAAGCUGUGCCGCGCUCGGAGGGCGCAGGGCGCGCAGCGUUUGCGCCGAAGCCGCAGUGAGGAGCGUCCCGAGCGCCUCCUAGUGUCCACGCGCGCCAGCGCCGCUCCGCGCCGUCCUGAUGAGCCGCCCCCGCGCAAGGCAGCCUCGCUGCUGGGCGGCCGCACCGGCCCUGGGGGCCCUCGCAGGACUGUUCGAGUCUACAAGGGCAACAAGAGUUUCGGCUUCACUCUGCGCGGCCAUGGACCGGUCUGGAUUGAAUCUGUCCUGCCUGGCAGCCCAGCUGAAAAUGCGUCCCUCAAGUCAGGUGACCGGAUCCUCUUCCUCAAUGGACUGGACAUGAGGAACUGUUCCCACGACAAGGUGGUGUCCAUGUUGCAAGGCAGUGGCGCAAUGCCCACGCUGGUGGUAGAGGAAGGACCGGUCCCUUUUGCUAGCGAUUCAGAUUCUUUGGAUUCCCCGACCCGGUCAUCGGCUCUCACCUCGCUGCAGUGGGUGGCAGAUAUCCUGCCUUCCAGUAUCCGAGUCCAAGGGAGGACCUUCAGUCAGCAGCUGGACCACCUCCUCACUCCUCCCGAGCGCUAUGGAAUCUGUCGGGCUCUUGAGAGCUUCUUCCAGCACAGGAACAUUGACACCCUCAUCGUGGACGUGUACCCUGUUCUGGACACACCUGCUAAGCAGGUCCUCUGGCAGUUCCUCUACCAGCUGCUGACCUACGAAGAGCAGGAGCUGUGUCAGGAGAAGAUCGCAUGCUUCCUGGGCUACACGGCCAUGACAGAACCUGAAUCCUCACUGGACCUGGAGUCAGAGUCCACACCGGAGCCCACGCCGGAGCCACAACCACGGAGUUCCCAGAGAGCUUCUUCCAUGUGCCGCCGUAGCCUGCGCUCCCAGGGCCUGGAGGCCAGCCUCAGCUGUGGUCCUGGUGAAUGCCCUGAGAUGCCUCUACCUCUGAUCCCAGGCGAGCGGCAGGCUGGUGACGGCACAUCCCUUCCGGAGACCCCCAACCCCAAAAUGAUGUCCGCCGUCUACGCGGAGCUUGAGUCGCGACUGAACAGCAGCUUCAAAGGGAAGAUAGGAACCGUGUCCAAAUCCCGGGCAUCUCCGCCAGUCCCCAGCCUGGUAGGCACAGCAGGGCCCAGGACCCUGUCUGGAGUCUCAUGGCCCAGCGAUCGGCUCCUGCCAUCCCCCUGCUAUGAUCCGCUGUGCUCUGGGGGCCUGGCCUCCCCCAGCAGCUCGGAGUCCCACCCCUACGCCAGCUUGGACAGCAGCAGGGAGCCCUCCCCACAGCCAGGCCUUGGGUCCAUCCACCCCGACAGCCCGCCGAGUCCAGACCCCAUCCGGCCACCCAGUCGCAGGAAGCUCUUUGCCUUCUCGCGCCCCGUGCGGAGCCGAGACACAGAUCGCUUCCUGGAUGUUCUGAGCGAGCAGCUGGGUCCCCGAGUGACCAUUGUGGAUGACUUCCUGACACCCGAGAACGACUAUGAGGAGAUGAGCUUCCACGAUGACCAGGGCAGCUUUGUGACCAAUGAGAGAAGCAGCGCUAGCGACUGUGUCAGCAGCAGCGAGGAAGGAAGCUCUCUGACCUACUCCUCCAUCUCCGACCACAUCCCCCCGCCCCCACUCAGCCCCCCACCGCCACCGCCCCUGCCUUUCCACGACCCCAAACCCAGCUCCCGCUCCUCCGAAGGUCCCCGAGGUCCUCCUCAGUCAUUGACCAAACCCCUCACCCAGCUCAGCCACCCGGUCCCACCCCCACCUCCACCACCCCUGCCCCCACCUGUGCCCUGCGCACCCCCCAUGCUAUCCCGGGGCGUGGGUCACCGUCGAAGCGAGACCAGCCACAUGAGCGUCAAGCGCUUGCGCUGGGAACAAGUGGAGAACUCAGAAGGCACUAUCUGGGGUCAGCUCGGGGCAGACUCUGACUAUGAUAAGCUGAGUGAUAUGGUGAAAUACCUGGACCUGGAACUCCACUUCGGCACCCAGAAACCUUCGAAGCCCGUGCCUGGCCCCGAACCCUUCAGGAAGAAAGAAGUGGUGGAGAUCUUGUCCCACAAGAAGGCCUACAACACCUCCAUCCUUCUAGCGCACCUGAAGCUGACCCCUGGCGAGCUGAGGCAGGUGCUCAUGAGCAUGGAGCCCAGGCGCCUGGAACCUGCGCAUCUGGCGCAGUUGCUGCUCUUCGCUCCCGACGCCGACGAGGAGCAGCGCUACCAAGCUUUCCGCGAGGCUCCAGGCCGCCUCAGUGAGCCGGACCAGUUCGUCCUGCAGAUGCUGUCGGUUCCCGAAUACAAGACCCGCCUGCGCAGUCUACACUUCCAGGCCACCUUACAGGAGAAGACAGAGGAGAUCCGAGGCAGCCUUGAGUGCCUGCGACAAGCAUCCCUGGAGCUCAAAAAUAGCCGGAAACUCGCCAAGAUCCUGGAGUUUGUGUUGGCCAUGGGCAACUAUCUCAACGAUGGACAGCCCAAGACCAACAAGACCACCGGGUUCAAGAUCAACUUCCUGACAGAGCUAAACUCCACCAAGACAGUGGAUGGGAAAUCUACCUUUCUGCACAUCCUUGCCAAAUCGCUAAGCCAGCACUUUCCUGAACUCCUGGGCUUUGCCCAGGACCUGCCCACUGUGCCCCUGGCUGCCAAAGUGAACCAACGAGCCCUGACUGGUGACCUGGCUGAUCUCCAUGGCACUGUCAGUGAGAUUCAGGUGGCCUGCCAGAGCAUGUCUCCCUCCAGUGAGGACAGGUUUGCUGUCGUCAUGACUUCCUUUCUGGAAACGGCACAACCGGCUCUGCGGGCUCUGGACGGGCUGCAGCGGGAGGCCAUGGAAGAGCUAGGGAAGGCACUGGCCUUCUUCGGAGAGGACUCCAAGGCCACUACCUCAGAGGCCUUCUUUGGCAUCUUUUCAGAAUUCAUGAGCAAAUUUGAGAGAGCACUCAGCGACCUGCAGGCAGGUGAUGGCCCACGCAGCUCCGGGAUGGUUUCACCCCUGGCCUGGUGACAGCUGUCAUCAAGCAUCUUCUGCAGUCUGAGCACGGAGACCGAAGGUGGAGGUUGCGACCCCCGAGGGACAUCACAGGGUUCAGGGUACUUACUUGAUCAUGCAGCUUGUCUGCAGGAAGGGCUUGGGUGCGGUGGGGGCCGCAGCCCCGUAUCUCCGGCUACCUCAACUGCUAAGCUCCGCCUAGCCCUCUUCUGCCCAUCCUCCUUGGUUUCCCAGACAGCCUGCCUGGCUUCCUAUCACCACAACGUGAAUAAAAUGCUGCUUUGUGUCAGGAGCUGUCCCACCUGAGGGCGGAUUGCAAAGUGGCCGCUGGCCUGGAACCCUUGCCUGUGGCUUGGUGGGAACACACCGCUAGGAUGUAGAGUUACUCUGUGAGUCUGCUGGAGGGGGCUCUGGAACAGAGGCCGACACUCCAGGAUGAACCCACUAAGCCAGCACCAGAAAGAAAGCCUACAAGAUCACGGCCUCCAUGGCAGCUGGAGGAGGGCAGGCGAGAUGAAGACUGUGAGACUGGGUUGUAGAGGCUGGGGUGGCUGUGGCAGCAUGGAGCAGGAGAGAGAAUUCUCGGCUGGGGCUAUUGAGAAAGAGGGAGAGGAGAGUCACUGCUAUUAGGCCACUGGAUCUAG